GUGGACCGCCACGGCCGCGUCUUCUACAGCGUCAACGACGGCGAGCCCGUGCUCUUCCACUGCGGUGUGGCCGUGGGCGGCCCGCUCUGGGCGCUCAUCGAUGUGUACGGCAUCACCGACGAGGUCCAGCUCCUCGGCACCCUGCAGUCCAGCCCUGUGAUCCCGUCUCCGUCGGGGUCCCUCAGCGGCUCCCAGGACGAUAGCGAUUCCGAUAUGGCCUUCAGUGUCAACCAGUCCUCCUCGGCAUCCGAGUCAUCCCUGGUGACAGCCCCCAGCUCCCCGCUGAGCCCCCCGGUCUCCCCCGUGUUUCCCCCACCGGAACCGGCAGGCAGCAAGAAUGGCGAGUGCACGGUGUGCUUCGAUGGCGAAGUGGACACGGUCAUCUACACGUGUGGACACAUGUGCCUGUGCACCAGCUGCGGCCUGCGGCUCAAGAGGCAGGCUCGGGCCUGCUGCCCCAUCUGCCGGCGGCCCAUCAAAGACGUCAUUAAGAUCUACAGGCCGUAGCCUGGCCCGCCGCUGGGCCUUGGCCAGAGCAAGGUCACCUUUCUGAAGCCCCUCUGGGCCGGGCAACCACCAUGGCCACCAGGGAGCCUGAGGGCAGUGGCCAUCUCGUCUGUCACUCUCCGUGGUGGGCGAGGCGUGACAGUCAUGGAGACGAGGCCCUGGGGGUCUGAGCCCAGGCGAGGUUGCUUCUGGCUCAAGAGUGCUUCGCCCCCAAAGGCCGACCCCAAUGCAAGCUCAGGAACUGCCUGGCAGACCGCCCGUCCCUCCGGUGACCUCUCGGCUGGGAAACGGCGUCCUCUGUGCAAUGCUUUUUGCUGGGGGUGGGUUGAGGUGUGUGCGUGAGUGCGUGCGUGUGGGGGUGCGGGGGAGACUGAGCAGGGAGAGGGCAUGUGUGAGAGAAUGAGAGAGAACGCAUCGGUAUUUAUACAGGGAUCUUGGCUCCAGGAGACUAAGGAAUGUGCGACCUGGAGCCCAGACACUAGCAAGGCUAGAAGCGGCUGGCUUUCUGGGGCUGUGACGUCCGCUGGCUUUGAAUGUGUGAAGCCUGCACCUGAACAGACUCCCUCGGAUGGUAUGGAAAAGGGGCCGCAGACUCCCUAGGAGCAGAGCAGGAAAAAAUAGCUCGUUGUUUACAGCCCGAGCAGCAACUCCUUGGGGGUCAGGUGGGCGGAGAACAUAGAAGAACAGUUUGCCUCUCUGGUUGCUAACCCGCCCUGGAGAGGCGCUGUGCUGGGCGCUGCAGCCAUUUGAGGGCUCUGGGCAGGCCGCCCCCAGAAGCCUUUUCCCCCCUUCGCCCCAGGCAGCCUGAUCAUAAGCACACUGCCCCUACCCCUGUCCCUGCCCCUGGCUGCUUUGGGUCUGUGCGGCCCCACUGUGUACCAGACAGCGGGUUAUCUUUUCCUGGGGAGGGAGAGAAGCCUAGAGGCAGGGACUCGCCUGGAGCUGGAAAGGCCACUGUGGGGCACAGGCAGCUGGUCACGCUUCCACCCAUGCCUGUGGCAUCACUGGGACAACCUGCUGGCAAAGUAGGAGGGAACCAGGGCUUUGCAACCUCGUAGUUCUGAUCCUCGUCCCCCCCCGCCCCCCUGCUGAUCACUAGGAUGUUCACUGACCCUUAGAAUGUUAGGGAAAUUGGGGUAGUGACUGAAGAUGCUGAGUUGGGACUGUCCCCCUUCCCCAGGCUAUUUGCUGGGCAUUUCCUGGGACCCCGGCCCUGCCCUCCUCCCUUCUUGCCCCCAGGGCUGCCCCCCCAGCUGCCCUGUCUGGUGCCGUGCCUUUAGGCACCCCCCUGGGCCUCUCUGUUUCUCAGUCCCCAGUGCAACCAAGAGGGAGCCUCGUAGCUGCCCCUGCGGAGCUCUGGGAGGACCCACACAGCGUUCUAAAAGGCCUGAGACGCCUUGCCAAGAGCAGGUGUCACUUUUAUUACCACUCCUAACCUGUUCAUCUGUGAGGGCGGCGGGGGAGAACACUCGGACUCAGGUAUUCAUAUAACAGGUGUUGGCUGGGGCCGGGGUCGGGCGCGGAGCCCAGCGGGGCCACGCCCUCGGCAUAGGAAACCGCCCGGUGGUGCCCUGGGGCAGCUGCAGGUCUCAGCCCCUCUCCUGUGUCUGGAAGUGGCCCAGUUUUCUGACCUCAACUGCAGAAGCGCUACUCUGGCCCCUGCAAGACCCCCUGAUUGGUCCUUUUUCCUAGCGAAUUUGGGAAACAUGCCCACAUUUUAAUUUUGCAGCAGAAUCUCUGGGAGGAGGGGUGGCUACUGGAACCCCAGUGUUUGCCAUGUUAAGAGCUUGGGAAUCCAGGCAGCGCCCAGUGCCCCGCUGAAGUUGGUCCAUGGGAGCCUUCCGUCCUCCAGGUGCUGGGUGAGGGCACAGGCGCUCUGUGAGAGGACUCCCCCCUUCUCCCCUCCGGCCUGUGGCUCUCCAGGCAGCAAUCCUCCUGACUGGCCUGCGGAGCCAGCUCCUCUCUGCCCCCUGGGUUCCAGGCGGGUCAUGUACAGACGCCACCAGGAAAGCAGUGACCAAGGGCCUGGCCCAGGGUGGACCAGGCCUUGCUCCUGGGACGAAAGGAGCCGGGGCUUGUCUGAUGCGCUCACAGUUGCUAUAAAUAGCCUCCUGCAUCCAAGAGGAACGAAGAGGGUGUUUAUCUUCUAAAAUCCAGACAUUUCCUGAUGCUCUACGCUGGUUUCUUCAGUGCCCCCAGGAGCCGCUGGCCUGGCCCUCGGGUUUUGUAUCCAGAGGGGCAGGAGGGAGGACAGGGGCCCUUUUUUGUCUCUUGUCCUCGGCACUGGGCCAGGGAGGGGCCCCCACGUUCAUCCGAGAGGCAGGUCCUAUCACCAGGCCGAGUCGUGCCUGAGACGGCACCGGCUGUAACACACGCUGCGUUACUAGGGGAAAACCGCUGCCAGUGUGAGCUGUCAGGUGCACAGCUGUACAGCUCAUCCCAAUCAGAUGCUGAAAUGGGGGGUGGGGGCCCUGUUACUGGAAUUGAUGAAAUAGGGGAUUGUCCCCACUCGGCCGGUGAGAGAACCGAGGCCCCGGGAGUGAGCGAGGUGGAGCCCGAGCGGGAGGUGCAGGGCUGGGACCCACACCCGGGAGUGUGUGGUGCUGAGUCCCCUGCUCUCUGCUGCUUGGCCCGAGUUCCAGGAAGGUCGAGACUGCCUGAGUUUCCUUCCUUUAAACUCAUGUGACCGCCCCCCAGGGGUCUGGCCCCUGUGCCCCCACAGCCCUUUUAGGCUCCUCUGUCCACUGCCGCCGCCUCUCUGCUAAGCUGAGCUGGUGAGAGCUCGGGUCCACCCCAGGGCCUCCGCCUCUUCCCUCGGGCACCCAUGGGGGCAGCUUUGGGGAGGGGAAGGCCUUCUACCCCCUUCCUGGGCCCCCAGGAGUGGGUUGGAGACCCGAGGAUGCCCCUGUGCUGUGGGCUUGUGCCUGUCCUUUGGAAUCGCUAGAGAAAUUGGCCCAUUUCCAAGUCAAAACAAGCUCCCUCUCCUAGUCCAGCCCCAGGACUGGGCCUUCUGGUCGGCGGGGCCUGUGUUUGGACACAGGGUUGGGAACAUUUCCGAGCUUUGAUUCGAUCCCUCUGUGUCGGGGUCUGUGCUCGCACGUGGUAGGUACAAGAGGUUUGCAGAGUAAUGAGAACCAGGUUCUGAGUUUCGGGGGUUGACAAAACAUGCCCACGCCCCCAAAGUCCCUCCUCACACACCUGCUGAGUGCCUGCCAGGUGUGGGGAGCUGGGAGGACGGCCCUGGGUCUGAGGUCAGAGGCGGAGGCAGUAAGAGAGUGAUGAGACGAUGGGGGCAGGUUUCAUGGGCCUCGCUGGCCACUGUGGCCUCGGGGUCUACCUCAGUGAGUGCCCGGCCGCUGCUUCUGGACCAGAGCCUCCUUCGGGCUUCGCAAAGCUCCUCUGCAUGGGAAGUGCCAGGCGCCAUGCAGCCCAUAUGUCGCUGCCAAAGGCCUUGGGCUGAACCCCAAAGUCCCCACCAGCGGAUGACCACCCUCAGGACCUCCCAGGGAGACGUGGGGGGCGGGGGCUAUCUGCUACUGGGGACUGGUUCCUGGAAAUCGGUCCCCAAGGCCCUGGAGAACCCCGGUCAGUUCCUGUUGAGAGGGGCAGUGACCUCCCUCUAGACCCCGUCUCUGCCCCAUGUCUGGGGGGACAGCGGCCCGGGAUACAGGGCUGCCUGGCAUUGCUUGGUCUUUGUCUCACCGUCUCUCCCAGGUCCCUGAUGAAAUGACUUGUACGACAAUCUGUCUGUGCCUUAUGAGAGUGUCUGUGCACUUUUUAUCCUUUUCUAAAGCAACUCUCCCCAGUGGGCAGGGGCUGGCAGACAUCACCGUGUCCCGGACACCUUACGGUCACUGCGGUUCCACGUUGUGUUUCGGGGUGGAGUGAGGUGCCCGCCCCGCCACGCCCCCACUACCUGUGUACAGACCUUUACAAACUGUCUCUUGCUCUCAUUUUCCUGAUUCAAUACUGUGACCUCUCCAAUGCAGUCUCAUCUUUGGGGAACUGUAAGAAAGGUUGUAAAACUUGGGGCGAGUGGGUGGGAAGGGUUUGCACUGUCCUGUGUGUUGUGCUUUUGUGUGUGGUGUGUUUUGAUUUUUUUGUCUGUUUUUAUCUGUUUUAUAUUAACAUAAGUUUUCUGUUUAAGAAAAAACUACACAAAACAAAAAACAAAUACAACUCUGGCUUGUUAAAAAAGAAAGCUCUCCAGACUCAGUUUGUAAAUCCCAGGGGUGUGCACCUCUGGGGAGGGGAGGUUCGGACACGAAUCAUUGCCCGCCUUGAGGAAACGACUCGCAAAAUGUCUCUAGGCCCCUGACAAUGGUUG